GCAGUGCUGCAAAAUAGCGGCCGGUCAAGAGCGGUCAAGCCAUCAGCUGUAUGCUCCGUUUUUGGUAAUUACGACAAUAAAUCGCAAUAGCGGCGCAAAAGCAGUGAACGAUGAGUGAGGCCGGCGCCAAUGCGGAUGCUGUGGCGGCCGAAAAGGAGCGCAAGUUCCGCAUCCAGGCUGCCGCCUUUUUGGGCCUGGUGGGUGGUGUGUCGGCGCUGUUCGGAUUCUCUCGUACGUUGGCCACCGCGAAGAAGGCGGAUAACAAGGUCCUCCAGCAGGCUGGAACGCGACAAGGACUGAUCCUGAUGGACGAGGGUGCCACCCUGGCAUUACGUGCUCUGGGCUGGGGCACUCUGUAUGCCGUCAUGGGAACCGGCGCCUUCUGCUACGGCUUUUGGAAGCUGUCUGGGGCCAAAGAUUUUCAGGAAUUUCGCCUCAAGAUGGGCAACGCACUGCCGAGGAUUACCAAGGACGAUCCGCCCGCCAGCCGCACCGACUUUGAGAGCCUAACGGACCUCAUGAAGUACCUCGCCGCCUGGAACAAAGAAUGAGCAGCUCACAAACACACACUUAAAUUUAAAUCUAACGCCUGAGAAGACUAAAACAUAAACCAAAACUAUUGUUGAUUGAGUUUACAUGCAGGCAAAUGUUUUAUUUCAAGAUAGCUUUGGUGGAUAAAAUUGGCAGAUUAAAAAAGACGAGACUUAUGUCACCUGCCAGUCUGAUAAGAACAGAUCGAACCAAUUUGUUUGUUGAACAAUAAUAAAUCAUGUGAAAUACAGA